AUGGCGAAGUUGUACGUGCAGGCGGUGCCCCCGCUGGAUCUGAAUAAGAACACCGAGUGGUUCAUGUACCUGGGGGUCUGGACCACCCACAUCUUCAUCCUCUUCAUCUCCUGGCUCCUCAUCCUCUACAUCUUCGGCUGCACCCCCGGCAUGGCCUGGACGCUCGUUAACCUCGUCCACUUCGCGAUUACAUACCACUUCUUCCACUGGAAGAAGGGAACUCCAUUCGCUGAUGAUCAGGGGAUGUAUAAUAGGUUGACUUGGUGGGAGCAAAUGGACAACGGCAAGCAGCUUACUCGCAACAGAAAAUUUCUUGUUGUGGUUCCUGUAGUCCUCUAA